GUCGGGCUGCAGUUGCUAGGUGCUCGCGUGUUUCAACUCUGUUCCACUGUAGUAAACAGUCCGUGACUACACGGAGCAGCUGUGCACAGAGAGCAACACAGCUUGUAAACAUACAUGCAUGUAAGGACACUGAUUCGGACGAAAGCUCGAGUAGACCGCGAAAAUAUAUUUGAGGUAAAAAAAAAAUGGUACGUUGUGCAUGGUUGCCAACCAGCUGACUUGCUGGCUUUUUUUUACAGAAACAAUUGCUACUGCGUGUGUGCUGAAAUGAGGGUUGUCGGCUGACAGAGGGCAGUCUACUUUUUCUGCGUGUUUCACUGUAUCAAAACAAUGCCAGAUUCUGAAAUGCAUGUCCAGGGGGUGACUGAGUAUCAUUAGUUAUUGAACAAGGUCCUCUCUGUCAACCAUGAGUGCACUCGUGGAGCCAGGCGAUGUCCACACCAUUGCCCCCGAGAUGCCAGCCAUAUUUGAUGGCAUGAAGCUGGCUGCCAUAGCAACGGUGCUCUAUUUCCUGGUGCGCUGUCUGAAUCUGAAGAGUCCCACGGCUCCGCCUGACAUCACCUAUCGGGACACGCCCCUCAACCACUAUCUGCUCAAGUCCUGCCCCAUCCUGACCAAAGAGUACGAACCACCACUGCUGUGGGGGAAGAGUGGACACCUCCAGACUGCUCUGUAUGGGAAGAUGGGGCGUGUCUGCUCCCCAAACCCCUGUGGGGAGCGCAAGUACCUCCUCAUGCAGGAUGGGGCCACUGCCACCUUUGACCUCUUCGAGUCGCUGGGGGACCACCGCACUGGAGAUGACAUCACCAUGGUGAUCUGCCCAGGGAUUGGUAACCACAGUGAGAAGCACUACAUCCGUACCUUUGUGAAUCACUCCCAGAGGCAGGGGUACAGGUGUGCUGUUCUCAACCAUCUGGGGUCCCUGCCCAACAUCGAGCUCACGUCGCCACGCAUGUUCACCUACGGUUGUACAUGGGAGUUUGCAGCCAUGGUGGGUUCCAUCAAGCAGGCCUUCCCCCAGACACUGCUCAUCGUGGUGGGCUUCAGCCUAGGGGGGAACAUUGUGUGUAAGUUCCUUGGGGAGAACAGGAUCAACCAGGAGAGAGUGCUGUGCUGCGUCAGUGUCUGCCAGGGAUACAGCGCACUCCGGGCCCAGAAGACGUUCCUACAGUGGGACCAGUGUCGGAGGCUCUAUAACUUUCUCAUGGCAGACAACAUGAAGAAGAUAAUCCUCUCCCACCGGGGGAGUUUGUUUGGAAUGACCUCGAGCAAGAUGGAGGACGCAGACCUGAGCCGACUGUACACAGCUACCUCCCUCAUGCAGAUCGAUGACAAUAUCAUGAGAAAGUUCCAUGGUCACGACACGCUGAAAGAGUACUACGAGAAGGAAAGCUGCGUACACUACAUUCACAAUAUCAAUGUGCCUCUACUGCUGGUCAACUCCUCAGAUGACCCUCUGGUCCAUCGGUCACUUCUGACCAUCCCACGCACACUCGCAGAAAAGAAGCCGAAUGUGAUCUUCGCCCUGACACUCCACGGGGGUCACCUGGGCUUCUUCGAGGGGGCUGUGCUGUUUCCCCAGCCCCUCACCUGGAUGGACAAGGUUAUCGUGGGCUAUGCCAACGCAAUAUGUCGGUGGGAAAGACACAGACCGCCCUGCCUGAGGACACGUCGUGGACUCUGUCCACAGGCCGACGGGACUCCUAGUUUAUAAGGACACAAAUACGCCCACCGGAGAAGGCCGAAACCUGUAUUCUUCUCUUCAAAAGGGGGACGGGGAUGAUCUAUGGGCACAGUAGCUCGCCUGACUUUGUUCUGACUAUAGCUUUGCUUAGAGAAACACAGCAUUCAGCUGCGAAUGACAUUCAUUGAAAGCCUUUACCCAUGGACUCCAGUCAGUCGAAUGGAUUGCUCCUCUAAACGUGGAUACACAGUGUAUCCUGCACCUGCUCACACUGGCUUAUUUACUGCUCCGUUCUGUCCAUGGAAAAGACUAGAGAGGAGAUUUAGCUUCUGUGUGCAAAGUCCCAGCCAGCACUCCUUCUCACUUGGGUUGCUACUUGGUCCCGACUCUCCUAGCUGUUUGUUCCGAGUGUGUGUACUGUUGUCGUGAUGUUGUCAAAUAGGAGCUCUGGGAGGUUGAAACUCUGAAGGCUUUUGUUAAGCAGAGAAAUCCUAGAACAGACAUUUUAUUUCUAUGUUAAGCUUCUUUAGCUCUUUUUAAUAAUUGAGGCCUCUAGUUCUAGGCUAAUAGGCAAUACUUUCCUGGUCAGGUCAUCGUCUGAGGAAAAACUCCAAUCUGGCCCUAGUGAGAAUAUAUUUUGUCUUCACAUUGUGCCUCAAACAUAAAAAAUAAAAAUAUUUCAAACCAAGAAAGGAUGGCAAUGGUUUAAAUUACUUCAUUACUAUUUUCAAUACGCAGACAUAGUGUUCAAGGACCACACUCUGUAAAUAUCUGACAUUCUGAGGAAGCACCCAAUCCUACCCAGAACACAUUAAUGACAAGUUCCCUUGUCCUGUACUGUAUUCUUGGUGGAAGAGCCUCUGAUAUUCUCACUGGUUGGCUUGCACUACACAGCACUCUACUUCUGAGACUCAAAUACAUAGAUGUUUAUAUAUUGUAACUUGAGUUGUGAGUAUAGGAAUAUUUCUGACCUUUUCUAAGUAGUUGAUUCUUACAAGCCGAGUGCACUGACUAAAGUCCUUAAUCACAGCCACUGUGAGGCAAGGGUCCACUGUGCUAUUUCAGUCAUUCAGUUGGUUUGCCUUAGUAGCCAAUGUUCAAUGGUACAAUGUCAAUGACACUUUAUUCUGGUGUGGUUCCUGAGAUGUAGAGCAUAGACUAAGUUGGCUUAAAUACUCUGGUCGAGAUUCAGUCCAAGGCGCAUUGUAGACAAACGUACUUCCCUUUUUGAAGGUAAUUUGCACUUGACCUGACUUCUGAAUGUGAUCUCUACAUGUGUCAGGGAAUUUUGGGGUUAUGUUGAUCAGUGCAGUGCGUUUGUCGACAAUGCGCCUUUGAUUGAAUCCCGGGCUCUGUCUUUUUAUUUGCGCUUGUCUGUAUUCUAUUCCAUGUGUAAAAAUGGACCAAGUUACUGUGAUAUCAUUGGGUAGAUGAGAGAAGAGCUGCUGGACUAGGAGCCUUGCAGAGAGAACUAAGGUCAUGACAUAACUUCCACUAUUUAUCCCUAUGGAAUUCAUCCUUUGUUUGCCUUUUAUUUAGUUUACAACCCCUAUAGAUGUACAAUGCUGUUCAGUCAUUAUAAUGUAGAAUCACAACUUGGCGUGAUGUAUAAAGUAAUCGUGUGUGUUUUGGUUCCGAUAGAUAAAGGUGUACAAAAUGCAAUAUAUUUAUGGGGGGGGACAUGGAACUUGUAUCCUUGAAAUACACUAUUUUGUUGUGGA